CUCUCACUCAAUUAACCUCCCACACACUCUGCAAUGCCGAUGGCUUCCACACAAAAAGGAUCCCGAAGGGGCGACUUCGGUAGAGGAAAUCCAUAUAAUUCUACUGAUUCUUGGACAUCCGAUGGUUACUCUGAAUUUUCUGGGCCAGUUCAAGUUUCCUACGAACAGCCACCGGAUAUCCGUCCUAAGAAAACUGAAUAUGUCAAACGGACCUCCUCCUUCCCGGACCGUUAUAUUCAAAACAUGAGGGGGAAAGAGUCUGUCGUUGACCUAACCGCUUCAUCUGAGGAGAUAGGUCCACCAGAACCUCGCCAUACCAGUAAAUCGCAGUCAAAUCUCCCAACUGGUUUUGGUUCAACCCAUAAUCAAGGAGUUCGUCGCCCUAAAGCAGACAAUCAGACGAAUUCUUUUAGGCCACGGAAAGGUGAUUGCACUGGAGAUGAUUGCCUUCAAGCUGCUAUGCACGACGAAGACCUGUUGCAGGAGCCGAUGCUCUACAUGAGCCCUGAUAUCUUCCAGGCAAUAACAAUGGCUAACAUGCGAACAAUCCAAGAGGAGCUGGCUAAGUGUAACCAGAAUCUGAGUGACAUAUCCGAGCGUCUCCCACCAGCGACAUAUGGGGCUGCAAUAGGUACUUCUAAGGAGAAGGGGGUGACCGCUAAACAAAUUACUAUGACACUCCGCCUUUCCCCAAGACUCCUAUUCCGUAAGUCAGGUUAGUGUUGCACUUGGAAGCAUGGAAAACCUACAAAAAUGGCUUUUGGUUGUUUUGUUUUAAUGCAUUCUGGGUAUCCAAAAACAUCAGA